AUGGAGGAGAUGAAAACGACGAACGAGUUCAGAAACUUCGACAUUGUUUCAGAGGUCUCAGAUCAUCACUUUCUAAAAAGCAGCAGCGGAGAAAGCAUCAUGGACAACCCUAACAGUGAAGCGCACAAGAGGAUCAUGAAGGAGUGGGAAACCCUAGAACAAAACCUACCCGAAUCCAUCUACGUUCGAGUCUACAACAACCGCAUUGAUCUCAUGAGGGCGGCGAUCAUCGGCGACACCGGCACACCCUACCACGACGGCCUCUUCUUCUUUGACAUCGCCUUGCCCUCCUAUUACCCACACAAUCCGCCCAAGGUCCACUUUAUCUCGUUCGGGAACCGAAUCCACUCGUUCCUGCGUCCCGACGGCAAGGUGUUCCUGAUGCUCCUCAACACCCAUGGGACUCUGUGGGAGAGGUGGGACCCAUCAUUUUCCACUCUUCCUCAGGUACUACUCUCCCUCAAAGCUCUCGUCCACAGAGAGAAACUCUACGACCGCAGUUUUGAAAUGUACGAGCACACGUGCCGCCUCUCCCUGCAGCUUCUUCUCAGCCCGCCGGAGCACUUCGAAGCCUUCGUCAACAGCCACUUCCGCGACCGUGCACCGGUGAUUCUCUCGACUUUAACAGAUUUCGUGGACGGGCGUUGCGGGAAUUUCGGAUACGCAUCUGUUACAGAUAAGGUUUCUUCGCCAGAGAUCCUUAAGUGGGCGGAGGCCUUUUAUCCGGUGAUGGUUGAAAUCUUUAGACUCUGCGGUGCUCCAUUGGAUGCUUCCUUCCACAGGUUUUGGUUGACAUCCUUGAGCUGGAAUGGAUUCAACCAGAGUGAAAUCAAAAAGAGGGGAAUCCUCAAGAAAGUGAUGAAAGGGAUAAAAUCAGUGUUUUGA